CACGUGAUUUGUUUUUCAUCCGCUCCUCUUUCUGUAUUUCACAAAACUAGUUAUCGAGCUAGUUAGUAUUUGGUUUAUGUUGCAUGAAACACAGGCCUUGUGCGGUAUGGGCGAGGAAUAUUAUUUAGAGUUAACUGAAAACCCUGUUCAGUUCGAAAAUGCAUCGAGUGUCAACAAUGUGUUUUUCGACGAGGCUAAUAAACAGGUGUUUGCUGUGCGAUCUGGAGGUGCCACUGGAGUUGUUGUCAAGGGCCCAGAUGACAAGAGCUCAGUUGCUUUCAGAAUGGAAGACAAAGGUGAGGUGAAGUGCAUCAAGUUUUCAUUAGGGAACAAAAUCUUAGCUGUUCAGCGGAAUCUAAAAUCAGUGGACUUUAUUACCUUUAUCCCUGAUUUUCCCCAUUUGGAAUUCUCCCAUGAAUGCAAGCAGACUAAAAACGCUAGUGUUUUGGGCUUCUGCUGGACCAACUGGAAUGAAAUUGUUUUCGUCACUGACCAAGGGAUAGAAUUUUACCAGGUGCUGCAUGAUAAACGGACACUGAAGAUGUUGAAGAGUCAGAGCAUUAAUGUCAACUGGUACAUAUAUUGCCCAGAGCCUGCAGUCCUUCUGCUCUCCACUACUGUGCAAGGCAAUGUUUUGCAGCCAUUUGCUUUCAAAAAUGGGACAAUGUCAAAAAUGCCGAAGUUUGAGAUUGAGCUGCCGAUGGUUCCCAAGCCAGCAAAGCUUAACCUCUCUGAACGGGACAUAGCGGUAGCCACCAUUUAUGGCCAGCUUUAUGUAGUGUACCUAAAACAUCACUCCAGAACCACCAACAGCUCAGGAGCAGAAGUAGUUCUAUACCACUUGCCUAGAGAGGGCUCCUGUAAGAAGACUCAUGUGUUAAAAUUGAACACCACAGGCAAAUUUGCUCUAAAUGUUGUGGAUAACCUGGUAGUGGUGCACCAUCAGAGCUCACAGACCUCCAUUAUUUUUGACAUCAAGUUAAAGGAGCCAGACUGUGCCGUGAAUGUUCACCAACCUGUGCUUCCAGCAAGGUCCAUCCACCCUUAUAAAAUCCCUCUCACAGGACCUACAGCUGCUGCCAGUCAGGCUUCAGUGCCUUGUGAGCUCUACUCAUCAACUUGGAGCGUCUUUCAGCCAGAUAUCAUUAUCAGUGCAAGUGAAGGUUAUCUCUGGUACCUUCAGGUGAAACUCCAGCCAACAGUGAACCUUCUGCAAGACAAAGGCAAACUAAUGGAGUUUUUGCUGCGCAGACGUGACUGCAAAAUGGUCAUCCUGUCUGUCUGCUCACAAAUGCUUGUGGGUGGAGAUGACAAAGGAAACUUGCCUGUGGUGGCCACUGUAUUUGACAAGCUUAACCGAGUGUACAAGGAGUACCUGGAGGCAGAGCAGGCGUAUAGUGUGGCCAUGGAGUCAGGGUCCAGUCGCUUCAGCAAUUCAUACAAAAGGCCAAUUCGAACGCAAGCAGUCAUUGACCAGUCAGAUAUGUACACUCAUGUCCUCUCGGAAUUUACUGAGAAGAAGGAUGUGUCACACAAGUUCAUCAUUGCAGUUCUCAUGGAAUACAUUCGUUCCCUCAACCAGUUCCAAAUCACAGUUCAGCACUACUUGUAUGAGCUUGUUAUCAAAACUCUGGUUCAGCACAAUCUCUUCUACAUGCUUCACCAGUUUCUUCAGUAUCAUGUGCUGAGUGACUCCAAGCCACUGGCCUGUCUGUUACUGUCACUAGAGAGCACAUAUCCUCCAGCGCACCAGCUCUCUCUGGAUAUGCUGAAGAGGCUCUCCACAGCUAACGAUGAGAUUGUGGAGGUGCUCCUGUCGAAACAACAAGUCCUUGGGGCUCUUCGGUUUGUCCGCAGUGUUGGCGGCCAUGACAACGUCUCUGCACGCAAGUUCCUGGAUGCUGCACGUCAGACCAAUGAUGCCAUGCUAUUCUAUACAAUCUUUCGCUUCUUUGAGCAAAGAAAUCUGCGAUUACGUGCCAAUCCAGCUUUCAACCCAGGUGAACACUGUGAGGAGCAUGUUGCUUACUUUAAAGAAGUGUUUGGAGAACAGUCACUGAUGAAACCUGCAACUAUAUGAACAAAUCUUCUGGUCAGGGUGCCAUUAACAAAUGAGUACGCUGAAUUGAACAUUUUGACCUAAAGAUUUAGUCAUAAGUCAGCAAAAUUACUUUAACAACACUUUAACAGCAGUGGUCUUCUGUUGUACUCCUAUGGUGGAUAACUACAACCAACUUCUUUAAAUACACAGUCUGAAGGAGACAUUCAGCAUUAGAGAUUCAGUUUUGUGCCUUUGCCUGAAAUAUGCAUGCACUCACUGCCACUGUAGUGACCUGUGGUUGAUGAGUUCAUUGUUAAGGUAAAGAAGUAUUUUAAAUCCUUUUUCCCAUUGCACAAUUUUGGCAAUAAACUUAAGUUUGUAUAACCAUUUGAAAGGCUAAAGGAUAAUGGAUAAAACUAUUACUAUUACUGCAUAUUGUAAUAGUGAUGUAUCUUCUGAAAAGAUUGUAAAAAAGUGACAUUUCUGGAGAAAGAAGAGUCAUCACACCAUGACCUUUCUCAAAAUGGGGCUGAAUUCCUACACUUCAUAGAUCAUGUGAAUAUGGUUUGUGAAAUGAACUAGAAAACAGCGCACACAGUUUUGCUUUAACAAACAAUGCAUUGUGCAUUCCUAAUUUCCAGUGUUCAGGGGUAAUUUGGGAGCAUAGUUGAAAUAUCAGGGGGAAAUGCUUGUCAUAAGAAAAUGCUCCACUUUAUUGUUGUCCUGCACAGACAUCUGGUCAUUGGUGGGAAAAGGUGUUUAAUUUGAUGGUUUGUAUAUUUUGUAAAGUUUAAGGGUCUAUAAAAUGUUCAGAAAUAAUGUUAACACUUUUUUGACAGUUUGUCACACGGUGCUUAAUGAUGUAUAAAGCAUUGUGCUUAAUGACAUGAUUUACAUGCAAGAUUAAGUAGUGGUACUUUUAAUUAUUACAUCUGUCAUAGUUGUCAUACAAGCUACUGUUCUUGUUCAUUAUAGGCUGAUAAUUGCACCUUGCAUUUGCGAUGCAUUUAAAACAGUUAAUCUAUUGACAUUGGCUUGAGACUGGCUACAACAUCUAAAAAAUCAAAUUUAUGAUUCUUAAUUAAAUUAAUUGAAUUGAUCUAUUAUGUGCUUUCAAAAUGUACCUAAUACUAUUUUGUGUGUGUGUAUAUAUAAUAAAUGUAAAUAUUAUGGCAUAUAAUCUGUUCAUAUCCAAUAAUACUCUCACACUGUGCAGUCAAGGACAGCAAACAAGUACAUGAAUGUUUCUCAGUGAAACUGAAUAAAUGCAAGUGCAGACGUGUCAAGUCA